AUGACGCUCUACCCGGCUUUUGCAGCCUAUGUGAAGAACGCGUUCCAGAUCUUGGGGUCAGUGACAGCGAUGUCGCCUGGCCACUGUGGCUUCAUCAUGCUCCCCGUGUUUCAGAAGCAGACCACAGAUGUGGCUCGCAUCAAGCACAGAAGGGCCAUAGAGGACUUUCUGAUCAAGGGAAGCAUGUCCUAUGGGCAGGAGGUCGCUGUCCUGUACAACAAGCCAGAUUCUGGACCACGCGAUGGCCGACCCAUGUCACAGGUUUGUGUGCUCACCUGGCAUACUUCUUACAAAGACAGCAGCCCUUGGUCUGAGAGCGACGCCAUGACAAGUGGGCGAAUUGGCCCAUACCCAUUGAUCCGCAUAUCAGACAUGGUGGGCUACGACGAGGCUACUCGUCCCAGUGCCAGCGCCCGCGUGGAGCAGAGAGGAGUUGCUUGUGCUUCGCAAUUGAUGGAAGGCUUGCUUGAGGGCAUGUCUGUGCGAGACACGGACCGCGUAGUCUGGCUGGACGUGAUCCCUAACAGGCAAGCAGAGUUUGCAAGGGCCGCUUUGGCAAAGUUGUUGGAGUCACCGAAUGCCACCAAAACCGCGAAGUAUGUGGGCCUCGUGCGUGAAGAGAAGGUGUCGGAGUUGAGAUCUGCCUUAGAGAGUCAAGUCUACAACUGGUGGGACAGCAAUUUGGAUGUGGCACCUCCGAAAGAGAGACCUCCUUCCUCUACGGCAGCUCCAACUGCUGAAACUUUGGGCUUGAGCAUCAUUCCAAUGGUGAAAGGAAAGCCUUCCUUUCCGACCUCUGUCUUGCUCAACAGAUUCUCCGAAGGGUCGGUGGAGCAAGAUGCGAUCAAAGAGAUGGAGAAGGCAUUUCACGCGGAAUUUGGUGAAGUUCCCUCUUCGCGCACAACGGACAAGUCUGCGAGCGGCGAUGGUGAUGGCCAUCGCUCGUGUCAGGUUUGUGACUAUUCGGUGGACGAAGGAUUGAAGCCAUUGGAUUGUUCGCGCAGGGCGACACUUCCUACAAAGCCUGUUGCAGAGUUUACUCAAGAAAGGCUCGGUGCAGUACCUGGGAAGAACGGCAAGCCAACCAUGGUUUUGAGCGCGGACUUUCAUGUUUGGCUAUUGAACACAAGCGAAGAGCCUAUGGAUGUUCCUCCGGGUGAGUUAUUUGGGUUUGGCACCGGAGCCUAUGUCAACCAAGUGGUGGAACGCGAAGCCGAGGAGACAACAGGAUUGGUUUGGCGGCUCCUCUCAGAUCGAGAUAUCCUCGCUUUUGAGAAAUCGCCACUUCCCUUGUGUGAGCUUUUGCGAAAGCUCACAGUUGAGCAAGGGCUGGUCGACAUCGAUGUUGAGUUUCACGUCCUCGCCAACAAAAUGCAUCCUGCCAAGGCUGAUGCUGAAGCAUUACCGGUGAGCUUCAGGUGGGAGGUCUCGUCAUUGACGUCCAAGAAGACUUGUAUCUACAAGCCGAACGCUGUGACCGCCGAAAAUGGUGACGUCAAGAAGGUGUCAUUUGGUGGGCUCUUCGGGAGCAAUUACCAUAAGGUUCAAUCAGCUUCAAGCCCACCCAAGCUCAUGCCUGUGAAGCCAAAGGUGUAUUUGCUAGCGCGCCUGACCAUCCCAGCUGGCAGCUGCGUUGAUUUGUCGGCAGCGGAAGCUGCGUAA